CAAGGCUAUUCGUCCAUUGGUGUAUAAAAUUCGGGCCCUCUCCACAUUUUCUGAGUUUUAGCUUAUACUAACAAGGACAGUACAUAAAUUAUGACUUUCCAAUACCAAGACUCGUUACAGAAACUUCCAAUCCCUCCACUUGAACAAACAUGCAAAAAUUAUCUUAAGGUGUUGAAGCCUUUGCAAACAGAGAAGGAGUACGAGCGUACCGUUCAGGCAGUUCAUGAGUUUCUUCAGGAUGGAACCGGAGCCUACCUUGACCAAGAACUUCGUAAGUAUGCAGAAACCCGUAAUUCUUUUAUUGAGCAAUUUUGGUACGAUUCAUAUCUCAACUAUGAUUCCCCCGUGGUGCUUAAUCUCAAUCCAUUUUUCCUCUUGGAAGACGAUCCCUUCAACAAUGAAAGCAUGUGUGUUGACCCACAGGUGAAACGUGCUGCCUCCUUGACCUUGUCAUCUCUCAAGUUUGUUCGUGCCCUCAAGAAUGAAACGUUACCUGUGGACAAGCUUAGAAAUGGUCAACCUCUUUGUAUGUACCAGUACUCGAAGCUUUUCGGUGCUCUGCGUAUCCCCACCGACGACGGGUGUCUCCUCCAGCUGGAUCUGAAGUCACACCAUAUUGUUGUCAUGAGCAAGUCACAGUUUUAUUGGUUUGAUGUGUUGGACCACGACAAUAACUUGUUGUUACUGGAAAAGGAAUUGGUGAUCAACUACAAGAGCAUUGUACACGAUUCCCACCAGUCCUCCAACGACGAUGUAGCCAAGUCAAGUUUUGGGGUAUUGACAACUGAAAACCGUCGUAUUUGGGCAAAAAUUCGUAACUCUCCGGCAAUCACGGAAAUUGAGUCCAACAAGGAAAUCUUGGAUAUCAUCGAUUCUUCACUUUUCAUCUUAUGUUUGGAUGACUGUAAAUUAGAUGACUUAUCGGACUUGGCCCAAAACAUGUUGUGUGGAUUGUCCAUUCUAGACAAUGGGGUUCAAGUGGGGACCUGUACAAAUCGUUGGUAUGAUAAAUUGCAAAUCAUUGUUACGGAAAAUGGAAAGGCCGGGAUCAAUUUUGAACAUACAGGAGUAGAUGGCCACACGGUGUUACGGUUUGUUAGUGACAUCUACACUGACAGUAUUUUAUCCUUUGCACAACUCAUCAAUGGGAAUGCGCCUUCUUUAUGGAAGGAAGAUGAUGACAAGAAAGUUGCAGAAAGUUCCAAAAGUAUUGAUGAUCUUGUCACGAUCCCUAGAAAAUUGGAAUGGGAACUUACUCCUGAUCUUUCCUUGGCAUUAAGAUUUGGUGAAACCAGACUUUCUGAUUUGAUCAAUCAAAAUGAAUUUAAACAUUUGGAAUUCAAAAACUAUGGCUCUUCAACUAUUAAGAAAAUGAAGUAUUCUCCGGAUGCCUUUGUACAAAUGGCAUUCCAGGCCACUUAUUACGCCCUUUAUGGGAAAGUUGAAUGUACUUAUGAACCUGCCAUGACCAAGCAAUUUUUCCAUGGACGUACGGAAGCAAUUAGAACUGUUUCUGCGGAAUCCAACCUUUUCGUUAGAAAAUUCUUUGAUCAGCAUGUAAGAAACGAGGAGAAACUCAAGUAUUUGUCCGAUGCAUGUCAAGGUCAUUCGAAGCAAACCAAGUAUGCUCUGAUGGGUGAAGGUAUCGAUAGACACAUGUAUGCGUUGUUUUGUAUCUGGAAACGGUAUCUUGCAGAAGAAGACGAGGACUUUGUGGGCACUGAGCAAUUCCAAUCUUUGGAGAUUAAACAAGAUGCUUCAAUCCUGACAAUUACCCCAAGUAGUGGUGAUGAUACUGUUUCAUCCGACGAUACACUUGCUGGCUCUGGUGGUGUCGAUCACAAGCGUCUCAGAGAGCUCCCAUCCAUUUUUGCUGAUGCUGGCUGGGAUAGGUUGAACAACACCAUUAUCUCCACUUCAAACUGUGGGAACCCAUCCUUGAGACUAUUUGGAUUUGGCCCGGUAUCUGCCAAUGGGUUUGGGCUUGCAUACAUUAUCAAGGAUGAUCUGAUUUCUAUCUGUGCUGCCUCAAAGCACAGGCAAACAGAGAGAUUUUUGGUAACUUUGGACUCCUACUUGAAUGAAGUAUAUCGUAUAUUUACUGAUGUGAAUAACAGUCAGAAGGUUGCUCCUAUUUUGAAACAGUCGAUGAAAUCACCAACGCCAGUAAAGGUUCCUAAACCAAAUGUUUUGAAUACCCCAGGAGCUGUCCAACCAUUGUCAACCCUUCUUGGUGGUUAUGGAUACUUUGAUAUGGGCGAGGACGAUAUAAAGUCAAGAGGUCCCAGUCCAGAACCACCCUUCUUAAAUCGUCAAAAUAGCGGCUUUUCAUUACGUGAAAUUGGAAAGAAACUUAGACUCAGUGAAUACUGAUUCAGUACUAUAC